AUGAAGCGGGGGAUGACUAAGGCGUUGGCGUGUGUGGCUCAAGAAUGUGAUGAUCUUGAAUCAAAAGGAUCAGAAGGGAAACGUAUGAAACAAAAUUGUUUGAUGGAUAAACUGUACUUCAACAAGGUUGUAGGUCUAGCGGAACAGUAUAAUGUCAAUGCUUUUUCGUUCGCGGAAUUGCUGGAGCUUAUUUCGCCCGUGGCAUCAAUCCAUUUCAAUUUCAUGAUUGAUCUUCGUUGGUUACUUACGCAGUAUCCAGGUCGAUUACGACAAGGACCAAUUACAUUAAUUGUGGGCGAAAGAAUGGGGACUGACUUUACCUUAACUAAAACUGCAGUAAAGCAGUGUGGAGUAAAUAACGUUAAUGUUGGACGAGCACGCCUAAUGAUACCGUUCGGGACACAUCAUUCCAAAAUUUCCAUUUUUGAAAGUAAUACUGGAAGAGUGCAUAUUAUCAUCGCAACUGCUAACUUAUUGGAAAGCGAUUGGAACUUCAAAACACAAGCAUUCUUUCAUUGUAGUGGAAAUGAACUGGCUGCCGGUGAUUGUCCCGACCGAAAUGGGUCAGAUUUCCAAACUGAUUUAGUAAAAUACUUGGACGAAUAUAAAACAAGUCAAGAUUGGGGUCUUAUCGAACACUGGCGAGAUCGCGUUUCUAACAUUGACUUGUCCCAAGUGAAGGCACGAGUUGUUUACUCUGUGCCAGGAACUCAUAAAGGCGUUCAAUUAACGAAAUAUGGUCACCCGAGAUUGCGCGUAAUACUGAAGGAAUUAUUUGGGGAUGUAAAGAAUAUGGAUGGUUUUACUUAUCAUGCUCAGUGCAGCUCACUUGGUAGUCUUGGAGCAGCACCGCAAUAUUGGCUUACGGGACAGUUUUUAAACAGUCUCUCUGGUGGUGCGGAGACAGAUGGCGAACACUUGCGAAUUAUCUAUCCUUGUGUGGAAGACGUUCGAAAUUCUAAUGAAGGAUACGCAGCAGGUGGCUCAUUUCCUUACAGUAAUAGUGUAGCAGUAAAGCAGCCAUAUUUGCUUAAUUUCAUGCACAAGUGGAGCAGUGAUCAUCUGGGGCGUUCUCGUGCUAUGCCACAUAUCAAGACAUAUGCAGCUUUUGCUAAGGACUCUCUAAAACCGUCUUGGUUGCUUAUCACAAGUGCCAACCUUUCCAAGGCAGCUUGGGGUGAUUACCAGUCAAAAAAACCACAAUUAACUAUUCGGUCGUAUGAAUUUGGCUUGUUGUUCAGUGAUCCUGAAUCCUUGGAUAUGUUGCCAUAUGACUUGCCUUUGACAAAGUAUGAUGACAACGACCGUGUGUGGAUAGUAGAUAAGACAUACAGGAAGCCAGAUAUAUUUCGAAAAACCUGGCCUAUGGCGAAAUCGGGGAAGUGUGUCCUGUCGUUUGGUGAUACUGUACUUUAUGAGGCUGAUUUGAAAGCGCUGGAAAAUGGACGGUGGCUUAGUGAUCCCGUUAUUUCGUUCGCAUUCGAAUAUCUCCACACGAGAAUUUUGGAUGAGACUAAGAGAGACAAAAUUAGCUUUAUAAAUGCAGCGGUAUGUCAGCUGAUUAAGCUAAGCACACCAGAUGAAGUGACAGAGCUCCUCGAUGAGCUUACACUUAAAGAAAAGGAGCAUGUUAUUUUCGUUGUGAACGAUCAUGAUGAUCCAUCAAGAAGCGGUGGAAGUCAUUGGUCAUUGCUUAUAUGUCGCCGCGAUCUUCAGCCUCAUUUUCUGAUCAUUGAUAGCGCACAGGGAACCAUUUCAGCGAAUCAGAAAGCGACAGAUAAGCUGAUUCAAAUAUUAGCAAAGUAUUUCGGGCUUCCGGUGGAUACACGCAUCGAACGAGCCACAAAGCAAUACAAUAGCAUGGACUGCGGGAUGUUUGUUAUUGAAUACACCCGACACUAUAUCGAGAGUUUGAAACGAGAUGAAUUCAAUGUUGAUUUCACACAGCUGAACGCAGACGACGUUAAAAAGCAGCGAAAAGUGUGGGGUUCAUUGAUUCGUUCGCUCGCCGAAGAAUAG